AUGGAUUAUGGGUAUUCAGAGCCUAGGGACUUGGACAAUUCAGAUGAUGAAGACGAUGAUGAUCCAUGGAAACCUUUGAAUCCCUAUGAAUUUGGAAAUUUGAAAGUAAAACCUAAUAAACAAGUGAAAGCUGGUAGAAGGGAUGGAGUAAAUUCCUGUAAACGAAUUCCCUUAACUACAGAGUUCCCUCUUGCAAGACUGCAUGGUUCCAUUAGUUCAGAGCUUAAUGAAAUAUGGGAAAAACAACAACAUGCCUUCAUGGAAUCAUACAUGAAUGAAUACGUACCUCUGAACCCUGAAAAGUUCAGGCAAACAUUUAAUGUGUUUUCACCCCAUGAUUAUGAUGGCAGUGUUCACUUUGAUGCCAAUGAAGACAUGGACUUGAAGAUGCAAAUUCUCACUCGAGUCUCGAAGAUCUGUGUCGAUCUCACAUGUCUAUGCCCCCAGCUAUUUUUGGGUAAUUUCGCUUGGUUAUCUCAGUUGUUGCCCAGUGCAAUCCAAAUUCAAAAGGAUUCUCUCCUUGCUAGCAUCGCUGAAACUGAGAAUUGUGCAGAACUUGGAAGGGCAAUUGUUGACAACCUUUUUUAUACAGGACUUCAUGAAUAUGGUGGAAGAGUUUUGGAUGAGCUAUUACUGAAAGCUGGCAGUGGAAAUGCCACGUCCUUUGCAGACCUUAGCUACGGCCAAGAGAAGCAUGAUGUUGCUCGGACAUUUUCUGCACUUCUGCAAUUGGUGAACAAUGGAGAUGUUGAUCUGGAGAGGGUUUGCACUGAUGGUGAGUCCACGGUUUCAUGUGUGCGACUAUCAAAGGAACAAGUCCGGAAAAGAGAAUUGCCCCGUUAG